CCACAAACUCAAAUGAAAGUGAAAAGAAAGCCACAUAGGUAGCAAAUGUGUGGAUGUGUUUGAGUCCAGGGUGGACGACUCAGCCUCAGCCUCAGCCUCACCCUGACCCCGUUGUUUCCUUUUCUCCCAGAUCAGUACUACUAUUACUAGUACCGUUUUCCAACAUGUUCGCGCAGUUUAGAGGUCCUCCUUCUCAACUUUCUCAAUUAUACCUAAUCUCUCUACUCCUCCACCAACUCUAUUCCCUUAAGAACCCUAUUAUCAACCAUGUCUCUCACCAUUAAGCUUCAUGCCAUUAAUUCUCACUCUCAUCGUCUGAACCUCAACUUUCAUACUCUCAACCACCCAACAAAGUUUACUUCAUAUAACCCCAACAGUCGAUCCAAAUCCAUUUACCAUUCUGAUCCAUUAGUCUCUAUAGUCUAUAAUACCAAACCCAGAAUGCAUUCUCCGUCUCGGUCGGUUCAGGCUCCGAUCAAAAGCUCUCUUAUUGAACCCGAUGGCGGGAAGCUCGUGGAUCUUGUGGUUCCCGAGAGUGAAAGGGCUUCCAGGGUCUUAGAGGCCCAGGCUCUACCCAAGGUGAGUCUCAGUAAGAUUGAUUUCGAAUGGGUUCAUGUGAUCAGCGAAGGAUGGGCUAGCCCGUUGAAGGGUUUCAUGAGGGAAGAUGAGUAUUUGCAGAGCUUGCAUUUCAAUUCACUCAGAAUGAAAGAUGGGUCUGUGGUGAAUAUGUCGCUUCCUAUUGUGUUGGCCAUUGAUGGCGAAACGAAGGAGCGAAUUGGGUCUUCGACCAACGUGGGGUUGGUAGACCCUAAUGGCGAUUUGAUUGCGAUACUUCGAAGCAUUGAAAUAUACAAGCAUAACAAAGAAGAAAGAAUAGCAAGAACCUGGGGGACUACAGCUCCGGGAUUGCCUUAUGUUGACGAGGUUAUUACUUCUGCUGGAAAUUGGCUUAUUGGUGGAGAUUUGGAAGUGUUAGAGCCCAUAAAGUAUAAUGACGGCCUUGAUCACUACAGACUCUCUCCUCAACAACUCCGGAAAGAAUUUGAUAGCCGUGAGGCUGAUGCAGUAUUUGCUUUUCAGUUAAGGAAUCCUGUCCACAAUGGACAUGCUCUGUUAAUGAAUGACACACGUAGACGCCUUUUAGAAAUGGGCUACAAGAACCCGAUCUUAUUGCUUCAUCCUUUGGGAGGUUUCACAAAGGCUGAUGAUGUGCCCCUUGAUGUUCGGAUGGAGCAACAUAGCAAGGUACUGGAAGAUAGAAUUCUUGAUCCUGAAACCACAAUUGUGGCUAUAUUUCCAUCUCCUAUGCAUUAUGCAGGUCCCACUGAAGUUCAAUGGCAUGCUAAAGCAAGGAUAAAUGCUGGUGCAAAUUUUUACAUUGUGGGUCGGGAUCCUGCUGGUAUGGGCCACCCAACAGAGAACAGGGAUUUAUAUGAUCCCGAUCAUGGCAAAAAGGUCCUAAGUAUGGCUCCUGGACUUGAGAAGCUAAAUAUCUUGCCAUUCAGGGUUGCGGCAUAUGACACUGUACAUAAGAAGAUGGCGUUUUUUGAUCCUUCACGCUCUAAAGAAUUUCUAUUUAUCUCUGGAACCAAGAUGCGGAAUUUUGCAAAGACUGGUGAGAACCCACCGGAUGGUUUCAUGUGCCCUGGAGGAUGGAAGGUCCUCGUCAACUAUUACAAGAGCUUGCAAACAGAAGAGGGAUCACAGCAGCCAGCUGUAUUAUCUGCUUAGAUAUUGGGAGUAUUAGAGUUUCAGCUCUUAUAAAUUAGGAGAGUCUAAAGCGGUUAAUUGAAGCAAUAAUUAAAGGUUUUGCACAAAGCCAGAUUGUAACUGAGCAAGUACAAGGGUGUUAUAUUAUUUCUAUGUUAGGCGUUCAUAUCUAGUGAAAACAGGUUUUGUUUGCCAAUGCUUGUAAAAGUAAAAUGUAUUGAAUAUUUUUUGGUUCAUUAUUUAAGAAUAAUCAACUAAAUUUAUGAAAAAUACAAGUUUGUUCUUUGUAA